UCCAUCAACCGCGUCGGCCCCAGAACCCGAGCUCACAAGCCAUGCGACACUCUGCCGUGACCAGGGGACACCUGUGAGCUCCACAAUGAACUUCAGCAGGAUCAGAAGGCGAAACAGCCAGGACAGCUACGUCCAGAACGGUGCCCCAACGGGGAAGGCGCAGCUGUGGCAGCGGCGAUCGUUCAAUAGCUGUAGCGAUGUGAAAUCUAUGGCGAAUGCGGUGACAACCUUCGGGACUCUGCCCAGGGUGCAGAGGCAGGUCAGUCGAUCUCGCUCUAACUCCCUGGUAGACUACACCGAUGUCAGGACAACAGUUUCGCUGGAAAAGCAAGACAAUGAAACAUUUGGAUUUGAAAUUCAGACCUAUGGUCUGCGAGCACAGAACAGCACUCUGAUGGAGAUGUACACCUUCAUCUCAUCCGUGCAGCAGGACAGCCCGGCUGAGCGUGCCGACCUAACAGUAGGUGACAUAAUCGUCACUGUCAACGGCGUCUGCACGGAGGGGUCUGCACACCAGUGCAUUGUGGACCUGAUCAUGGAGUGUACCAACAUUUUAACGAUCGAGACGGUGGGGGGCACGGCCGUGAAGAUGAUCGAGCUGGAUCGGAGACUGAGGCAGUUGAAGAAAAGCCUGCGUGACAAGUGCGUGGAGCUGCGCGCACUGAUGCUGAGAGAGCGACACCUUACCGGAGGCAAUCUCAACGACUGCCUGUCGCUGGACUCGGCGGGGUCUGUGGCCUCGCCUGGUGGGCGGAGCGGUCUGCGUUUCUCCAGCGACAGCAGCUGCCGCAGCUACACAAUGGAGGACAGCGAGGACACCAGUGUGUUCGAGGACCCGAGCCCGCAGAGCCCAGCGGGGGACGACGCCUGCUUCUUUCCCGCCGACUUCCCGCUGCGUCCGCCCCAGACCUCCUUGUGCCGCACACGGAGCGUCAGCCAGGGCAGUAGUGGCUCGGUCUCUCCGCGGUGGGAUCUGCCAGAGGCUUCCUCGCCAUUCGGGACAGUCCCCCGCAGGCUGAGACAGGGCAGCGUCAGGAAGCGCUUCCUGAAGUUCAUUCCUGGGCUCCAUCACUCCGUGGAAGAGGAGUGACCGUGCAGCCGACCCCAGGGACACGUCAGCAUUACCGGCACGACACGAGAUGGGACUCGGUGCCGACCUCCAUGCAAACACGUUCGGAAAGACUUUCUGCCACACUCAAUUUUCACAAAUAAGAAACAUUAUAAAUGAUCAUUUUCCCGUAGAGUGAAGCAGACUUGAAUGUUUGAUAUGAGUUACAAGUGAUGAGAGGUUGAUACACCCCGCCAAGUAGCAUUAUAAUUCUGAAAAAUAUAUUCUGGUAUUUGUGUGAAUAUAUGUGAGGGCACAGCAGUUGUUCCUGUCUGAAGUUACACAUCUGUGACCUUUUUUGCCACUGCGCCUCUCUACUCAUCACUGGGUGACUUUGUGCUAUUUAGGAUUCAGGUCACGUCAUGCUUUCUAUUUUUGUUAUGUUGUUUUCCAUUUGUUUAUCUGAUGCCUUUAUCUCAUACAUCAGAUAGGGUAAUCUUUUAAGUAUGCACCCUGGGAUUUGAACCAACAACCUCGUUAAUGCAAUGCUCUCUUUUUUGAGCUGCAGGAUGUACUUUUUCAGUUUAAGGUUUGGUUUUCAGCAGGUUCAACUUUAAAGAUGGAGAAAAAACUCCAUGUGGUCGUGCUUAGACAGAAAAUGAAUUCUUCAAACAGAGCAACAAGCAUUAAGCGAUGGACGGAUGGAUUUUUUAGGCUAACUAAACUGAGAAUCCACCUUCAUGGACGGCUUUGGCUGAAGGCAGCGCCAUUAUGAGCCCCCUGACGAUGGUCUCAAGCUCACACUUCCUUAUGGGUUUCUUUUCUGUUGGCUUCAGCUGUCUGUCACACUCAGUACAUGCAUCUGUGUUCAUAUUUACAGUUAAAAGGAAGGUUCCCACGUCAGAACUGUGACCCACCCUGUAAAUUACAUGUAUCUUUGUAAUUUUUUAACACUUGCACACAUCUUUUGUGAGUUUGCAUUGCAGAACUGGAUACUGAUUUUUUUAGGCCCCCCUGUCAGAGUUAGGGGCCCCUAUCAGAGGCAAGGCAGCAGCAGACUGUGGCCCCUACAGCUUCAGAGGUCCUGGGGCAGUGGGGUGAGCUGACCUUUGAGGGCAGUACGCCAGCAGCAUGUCUGCUCGCGGUCCCUCAAAAAGCUGCAGAGAAGUUGAAAACAGGAUGUGGGUGUCUGAAGGUGUGAAGCGUGCUGGCUGUCUUUCCGCAGCAGCAUUCUGUGCCCCCCCGCCUUGGAUAUUUACACACGCCAACCCAUCUCGGUCGGCCAGUGUCUGGUUCUGCUGUUUUCUGCAUUUGCAAAACUUUGUGUUCUUAUUUUCAACGCAGGACCUCAAUGUCAGAAGGGUCCAGCUUGCUUUUUUAUACGAAUAUCGACUGCAUGACAUUAUUUUCCCAUGUUUGUUAACAGCAAAACUCCAUCAAUUACAUGUUUAUAUUAAAAGCACAAAUUAAAAAAAAAAAUGUAAAAAAAAAAUGUUGCUUAUUGAGAGAAACAUUCAUUAUUGA